UCGUACGGUGUCCAAAGAAUUUUUUCCGAAAGCUAAUAAGAUUGGGCUUGAUCGUCUCUGGUCUCGAGUGCGUAUAACUUCUCGUGAUCAUAAAAAAUUCUAUGCGCACCCUCCUGACCCGUAACCUCACCACAGCCCCCAGAUCCUCCAGCACAACGUUUAACAAAACCGACAUCACGAACUGAGGCACAUACAUGUAAAGAAAGUGACGUGUUCGUGGUAGAGGAACCCGGCGUCUUCCACCAAAGAAGUAGAAGAACACGGUGUCGGGCCACGAAGAAAGAAGCCAUGGAGACCUCGAACCUCUCUCCGCUUCAAGAAGAGGGAUCCGAAGGACAAUCUCCUUCGGUUUUCGCUCCGGAUUCCAUCCCUCCUCGUCCCGCAUCUCAGAGUUCACUUGAAAAGUACGCACCUUUAGAAUGGUCAGAUUAUUUUGACAAAGAAGAAGACAUAACAAUUCCAGGAACAAAUAAUGUCUUUCAUGUCUACAUGGCUGGAUCAGAAGGGCCAGUUGUUUUUUGCCUACAUGGAGGUGGCUAUUCAGGGCUUUCUUUUGCAUUGUCAGCCAGUAUAGUCAAGGAAAAGGCUCGGGUUGUUGCCAUGGACUUGCGAGGGCAUGGAAAGUCAUCCACUGACAAUGAUCUGGACUUAUCCAUUGAAACUCUACGCAAUGAUGUUUUGGCUGUUUUGAAGACAGUCUAUGGAAAUUCCCCUCCUGCAAUUAUACUUGUUGGCCACAGCAUGGGAGGCUCCGUGGCUGUGCAUGUAGCUGCAAUGAAAGCUAUGCCCAAUGUGCAUGGCCUUGUUGUUGUUGAUGUGGUUGAGGGAACAGCCAUGGCAUCAUUGAUUCAUAUGCAGAAAAUCCUGUCAAAUCGUAUGCAAUACUUUCCCACCAUUGAGAAAGCAGUUGAGUGGAGUGUCAGAGCAGGCCCAUUAAGAAAUGUUGAAUCUGCCCGUAUAUCUGUUCCGUCAACGUUAACGUAUGAUGAUUCAAAGAAAUGUUUUACAUACCGUACUCCUCUUGAACAAACAGAGAAAUACUGGAAAGGCUGGUAUGAUGGCCUCUCAGAGAAGUUCUUAUCGUGUCCAGUGCCAAAGCUAUUACUAUUAGCAGGAACAGACAGACUAGACAGGCCUCUUACAAUUGGUCAAAUGCAAGGCAAGUUUCAAAUGGUGGUUGUCCGUCACACUGGACAUGCUAUACAGGAAGAUGUGCCUGAGGAAUUUGCUUCACUCAUAUUGAAUUUUAUAUCUCGCAAUCGCAUAGGCCCUCAUGGUGUUGAGAUACCAGGCCUCAUCCGGCGACCGCAGCCGUAGAAAACAAGACUAAGGUUUUGACCAGAGGUGCACAGGAACAUCAAUGAGUUAUAAAUUUGACAAUGCAGUUGUUUGUGAACAUUGUUCCAUAUGAAAAGCUUUAUCAGAGAUGUAAAAUGCAACAAGAAGGCUUUACCCGUAAUUUCAUUACGCUCAUGAGUCAUGAUGCUGUGAUAAGACCUGUAAAGAAUCUGUCGUUACUUGCUGCCCCAUUCAUUGACCGCUGGUUGCAGAACUUAUGAGGAGUUUUCUGAAUUUAUAUAUCAUAAAUCCCGGAUUUGCAGGAAACACAGCCUAAUCCAGAGACUGAAAACUGGAAGAACCACAUGCAAGCACUUAAUUUUUUUUCCUUUGCUGUAUCUGUUGUUCAUCAGGGUACGUUUAAGAAAAUAUGGUUCUUUCAUGAAGUAUGGAUUCAUGUGGUUUUGCUUAGUCAUGUGCAAAGGACCUGUGAGAAGGUAUAUAUGUGUUUUUUUGACAGAUCAA